AUGCUGUUACUUCAGUGUACCAUGAUGUCUUCCAUAUACAAACUGUACUCGUAUAACGAUUCACAUUGAAGAUCUUCAGCACCAAGCGUCUUCCAAGGAGCACAUUUUUUUAAACAAUGAAACGAACCAAUUCAGUGAUCAUCAUAGAGUUCUCUGGCAAGACAAGCAGUCCGACCAACAAGAGUGUCCUCGUAGAGGAUGAAAUCGUCAAGAUGGGCUCCCCGCCGCAGAUGUACGACUCCUUUGUCACAUCCUUCACCUUUGAUUGCCAGACCCAAUGGAGGGAAUCGCUUGUUGUCAUCCAGCAGCUGUACAAGACAAAGGCGCUGUGCGACUUCACUCUCCGUUGCGGCACUUCAUCAUUCCUCUGCCAUCGUCUGGUGUUGGCAGCCUGCAGCCCGUACUUCCAUGCCAUGUUCAUGUCAGAGAUGAUCGAGAGCCGACAGGACAGUCUGGAGGUGCAAGACAUCGAUGAGAAAUCUCUGGAGGCCAUUGUCGAGUUCAUGUACACUUCAAAGAUUGUCCUCAAUGUGGACAAUGUCCAGAAGAUCCUGUUUGCAGGAUCGCUCCUACAGAUGGAUGAGAUCAGCAAAGCAUGCAGUGACUUUAUGAAAUGCCAUCUGCACCCCUCUAACUGUCUUGGGGUGAGGACAUUUGCCGACCAACAUGGUUGCACUACUCUUUCAGGUGCAGCGGACUCUUACGCCCAUGAACAUUUCCUGGAGGUGGUGAGCCAGGAAGAGUUCUUCAGCAUCGAUGCACCCCAUCUCAUCGCCUUGAUCUCAUCACAUGACAUUAUGAUUCAACAUGAAAGUCAAGUCUAUGAGGCUAUCAUAAAGUGGGUGAAGUUUGACGUUCCAAACAGGGAAAGACAUCUUGCUGCACUCUUGUCAAAGGUGCGUCUUCCAAUGGUGCCUGCCAACUACCUGACAGAGGAGGUGGAGCGAGAGGAACUGAUCAAGAAGUGCCACAAGUGCAGGGAUCUUGUGGAUGAAGCCAAGAACUACCACCUGUCUGUUGGUAAACUCCUUCGGGACACGCCCACAUCCAGUCUAGUCAAAGACCUAAACAGGCUUACACCAAGGAAGAGCUCUGCAGGUAAAUUGUUAGGUGGCUUCAUGUGGUUCCCGAUUUGGAGGGGGGGGGGGGGGACUCCCGCAGGAGGGCAUCUAUCUAGUAGUUUGCAAGUUGUCUCUAUUGAAUACAAAGGUGCUCUCCAGAGAGACAAGUGCUGUUUAUAAGAAAUGUUUCAGAUAUUAUCUGGAAUCAUAUUGGGGAAAGAGGGGGGGGGGGGGGGUUGCCUCUGCUAUUAAAAGUCAAACAUAAAGGAAGUUGCACUAAACAAACAUUUCAAUUAUUUUUGCUAGAAUAGAAAGAGUGGAGAUAAUUUGAAAUCUUUUGCUGAUGGGGAUGAGCCUUGCAUGUAGUCUCUUGUGCAAACCCUUCACUCUAGUUAUGGGGUCUGAAUGCUCAGACUACAAUGUCUUGUGUACUGAAGGCCCUAUCGUGAACAGCAAGUAUGCGCUUGUCUUGUGUGAAGACCCACUUGUUUAUCAAAGUUUCAACCAGGGUCUGUGUUUGCAGACUAGAACCUACAGAUGCAUUUGCUUCAUUGAUGGAUCUGAGACAAUCUCAAACCAGUCAGAAACCAAGAUUGUCACAUUGAGCCUUUAGACAUAGACUUGAGACACUCAACCAAGACUGAGACAGAGACACCUGUGUCCAGAAUCCACAGACGCAAGACACACAGUCACUGUGUAGAGACAUACAGUAUCUUGAGACUAAGACCUGUCUCCAGUCACCUGACACUACAAAUUUAACUAGCAGUGAGAUUUACUCAUCAAACCUGAGCUCUUUUUUCAGUGUGUCAUGGCUCUUGCCAGUGUCUUGGCCUCUGAGAAAUGUUAGCUUUCCCUUUAAGAAGAGUCCUAGAUAUAAUCCUUCGAGAUCAGGUUGAUACACAAAAUCAGUAUGUCAAGACCUGGGCUCCGUAACACAAAGAUUUGCGACGGAUUGAAAAUAUGAAAGAACCGCACUGAUUAGUCCCUGGUCUGCAUUUUAAACCAAACGCGCGUGUAUCAUUUAGCGAUUGAUUGUUAAUCUUUGUGUUACGGAGCCCUGGGCUGGCUAUGUCUCAAGAUGAUCAACGCUGGUAAACAUGUAGCCUUUACCAACACACAACCAUCAGUUUUGAGUACCCCCCCAAAGAAAAAAAAAUACAACCAUCUCAUGAACUUGCACUAUCAAGUGUCUUCCAUUUAGUUUGUAAACACUGCAUCUUUACCCAAGAGCUUUCAAUGACCUCCAUUAAAAAGAACCCUAGAUUCCUUGUUACCGGAAAGUUUUUGAGUUUUUGAGUUUAUUAUGCGAUGUCCAUUUUAUAACUCUGUGUAUUAUCGCAUGGGAUGGUUCAAUGCAGAUCAGGAAGAAUUUGACAGACUGUAUACCAAUAAUACCAUUGUUUUUUUCUUCAAUAUAAUCCUACAAAUCAUCCUCUAGUACUACUUCAAGUUGAGCAUGAUGACACUAAUGUGUUGAUUUAUGUAUGGGUCGGUUAAGAUUCACUCUUGAUGUUUUUGCAGGCUCAUAAAUUACAAGAAUUUCAGAGUCGGUAAUUUUAAUUAAAGGUAUCAUUCGAAAUAUUAAAGCUAUACAAAGAAUGGAAAAAGAACUCUCCAAUUACAUACCAAUGUGUAUUUUAUGAUGCCUCCCCUUUUCAGAUCAAUGUAUGUUUUGUAAAAAUUUUGUAAAAAUUGAAACCUACGUAUGUGCUGUACAUACCCACAUUAGUGACACACAUUUGUUACACAUAUAACGAGCUACAAAUUCAAUUUUCAAUUAGUGAUCAAACAAACAUUGCAUGUAUUGUUACAUGGCCUACACCGUCAAGGUCAAGUCUAAGACCUCAUUAGAAAGGUGAGUUGAAUAAAGUAAGAACACCAGAGAAGCGAAUUAAACAUUGAACAUUUCUUCUCAAAUGAAUCUGAAAAAGAAAAAGUUAUGACAUUGUUACAUUGAGGAUCAAGGGUAUUUGUAUUCCAGUUCAUCUUGACCUACAUUGUAGAUGUGAACCAGAAUAGCCUGGUGGUUGAGUCGCUUCCCGGCAAGCAGUAGAUAGCAGUUUCGAAUCCUACUGGUUCCAAUUUUUUCUGACUUUUACAGAUCGCGCAUGCGAUCUUAAACACAUAUGGGGUGUUGCAAGAAACUUGCGAUUGAACGCAAAUCGAACGCAACUCCCAAAAUUGAGCGUAAGUCCUCCGAUUAAACGCAAAUCUGCAAUUGAACGCAAGUUACGUUCAAUCCUGUUGCAAGAAGAAGUUGCGUUUGAUCAAUUGAACGUAGAUCAAGCGCAAGCUUUGCGAUUGAUUGCAAAUCGAACGUAACUUAUGUGAGAUUUUGGAGGACGCGCAAAAUUUGCGUUCGAUUUACGUUCAAUUGAUUGUCCAUAGGCUUGUGUACUAAAAAUUCUGCAAAAAAAUUUUUUUUUGUAUUUUGUUUUGAAAACUUGUGUAAAUUAUGCCAUUUUCAAUUUUCCAUGGGUUUUUUUCAAGAAAAACUUGAAAUAAUGUUAUUUUCAAUCUUUAUAGGCCUCUUCAGCAAUUAUGCCAUUAUUUUCACACAAUUUCAGUACAUUCUCUCCUAAUAUCAUUUUAAAGUGUGUCAAUCACCAAAAAUAUUCUGCUCUUGUUAUCAGAGGUCAUGGAAUAUUCAAAUUGUGAUUUCUGAAAUAAUUUGUAUGAAGAAAUGUUGAAGAAAUAAUAACUCUCCAUAGGCACAAAAGCCACUCUUUAUUAAAACACUUCAUGCACUGGCAAAUGCUUAUAAAUAUAUCUGAGGGUUUGCAGUAAAUACAACUCAGAAUUUAUUUUGCAAGAGCACUAAAUUGCUUAAAUGCUUUCAUUCAUACAUAUCAUAAUGAAUAACAUGCCCAAUUAAGUUAUUUUAGUUUGAUUUUCAAAUAAAACAUACAUUUCAGGAGAUUGCUACACUUCAAAAUCUGAAGCUCUCUUUAAUCAUAAGAUUGCAUCGUAGAUAUAUAUCACACUUGCAUACAGGGAUGAGGUCGAGGCUGAUUCUUCCGAGUCAUGAGGCAGCUUGAGAGAACUUCCCAUAGAUUCUGUACAGUGACUCGGACCAAGGCCAGCAAAAUGUUGCCUCGAGGUCAGCAUUGACUACAUCCCUGCUUGGACUUGAAAAGAUCCAUUGAUCUGUGCACAAAAAAAGAACACUGCUCAAGACAUUCAUUAUUGAUGGACCUUUUAUUUUUAUUUUUCAAUGUUUCUUGCUCCCGAGGAAUUACUUCUGAGAUUCAGUUAUAUGAAAUAAAAUUUCAUAUCAUCUACAUCAAGUGUUUCACCACAGAAUGUCUUGUUUGAAAUUGACGUAUCAUGCAGAAGACCACAGUCCUUAAGGUUGGCAUGAAGAAUCCAUAGAAGUCCAGUCAGGAAAGCCACAAGCGUCUCUGCUUGAAGGAACAAAUCUGGUUUCCAGAAGCAGUCUAAUUUGAGAUGAAUUUGGAGAGCUUCAUGGAGUGAAGAUUUUAAACAAGCAACGCCCUCAUUCUGAAGUCCACUCUAAAUGAUCUUACUACAGACAGGAGCAGCUCUGAAUUCAGUUCUGAUAAUCAACCUGUCCAUAAAAAAAAAAUAAUAUAGGAAAUAAUGCAAGCCCAUAACUAUACAUACAUGUAGCUUGGGUUAGUUCAAAUUUUGUCCUUUCAGUGCAAAAACGCCCUUAGCAAAACAUUUUUGUGCACCCCAUUGGUGCAGAAAUGCCCCUAUGCCUGCUGGUAAGGGCGUUGUUUGCACCGACAUGAUGAUAUGAUAGAGGGAAAGUGGCUUACUCCUGAGACCAUAGUAAUUGGCAAUUUGCCAUGAUGUAAUCUAAAAAAGUGUGAACUGAUUGUUUUUCCCCAAAUAAAUGAAUCAUGGAAAUUAAAAUAUGCAAUAAAUUAAAUCAAUGAAAGCAAAAUACACACUUUCAUACAGUACACCUUGGAUGAGCACAACAACCGCCCCCUCCCCUCCCCCCCCCCCCCAUCAAUGGGAUGUCUUCAUUGCUGAGAAGUCCAGUCAAGAUAGAGAUUUGUGUUUGCCUUUUUUUCAUUUUGCAUUAUCCUUUGGUCAAUGUGUACAGAUUUCACCCCCAUCCGCAUUACAAUCAUGGUGAAUUAUUAAUAAUAAUACAGUUUACAUGUAACCUACCAUUCAAGAGUUGAUAAAAUGAAUCAAUCAGCUGGUUGCAAGAACACACAUGGUAGCAGACACAGUUAUGGUGGUUCGGUUUAUUCCAGACUUCCUUGUCAUAACUGUAGUAAGCAAUUAAAAGCAAAAAGCAAAGAGAUAAAACAUGUUCAUGAAAUUAAUAUACAAGUUAAGCUCAGUUGCCAGAGUGUUAAUCAUUAUAGUAGUCCCAGGGUGUUUUGAUUAAAGUCACUUCUGUCCUGGGGAGGGGUACUAUGGUUCCUCAGCUAUGGGCGGCGCAAUGAAAAAAUUAUGAAUCAUACCUUUUGCUUUAAUUUACUAAAAAAAGCUUGUAAUAGAAUGCUAAACUUUGGUGUACAUAUUCCUUUCUAGAGCAUUCCUAACAACUUUACUUUAAAAAAUCUGGUAUAAAAAAAAAUCCUUUCAUGUUUUUUUUUAAAUAUUUUUUCUUAACUUCUUAAAUGUAUUUUUUUUUUUGUUAUUUUCAAGACAAAGUUCAUCAGUGACAUUAAAUUACUAUUGUCAAUAAAAAAAAUUACCCAAUUAACUUUUUACAUGUAAUCAUGUUUUUGUCUGACAUGUACUUAAACAAACACAAUGUUGCAAAAUUUCCUGACCCUGUACCUGGGAAUUGCAAAUUUGGUCUCAAAAGUUGCGCGAGACUUGAAAGUAAAACGCCAGUCAGUGGUGCGGUAAUAAAAUUUUGAGUGGCAGAUUUAUUCUGAAAAAUGUGAAGGGGGACUAUAUGCCCCCCCCCCCCCCGAGUAUUGUGCUUGAUGUAAAAGGAUGUAAAAAAAAAUCAUGAUUAUGCAUUCAAUAUUAAUAAAAUGAUAAUGAUGCACCAUAUGAGACACCCUUUUACUGUAAGAACCUGGAAAAGCAUUGUAAUCAUCCAUUAAACAAUUUAAAGUGAAAAAAAAUCUGUCAUCUAUAUAGCACCUCAUGUGCUUGCAUAAAAAUCAAGUUAAGACUAGAGUCAGUUAAAUAGUAGCCCGGGGGGGGGGGGGGGGGGGA